AUGGCCGCCGUGCUGUCCUCCGAGGAAAGAAGCUAUUUUUCAUCGUCGCUGCGUCGCUCACAAUCCCAGACUAAUUUCGGACACAACCCGUCGUCGUUUCGGCGGUCAACGCCUACGCAGCAAAUAUCCCCUCCGCUCAAGCCGCCAUCUAGCAAGGUCUACACCGAUUCGGACCUUUCCUCAGCACCCUCUUCUCCUUCCGCUAUCCAGGCCGAAUUUACCGAUGUUUCCUUUCCCUCCACCCCCGCGAGCAACGUGUCAAUAUCUUCCGACUUUGAUGAAUCAUUGGGAAUAGACGAGAGCCCCGAAGACAACUUCAGCUUACCCCUGCUCUCGCAGGAAAAGUUCUUUCUGCAACCAAAUUUCCAGAGCGAUGACACUCUGGAGCCACCGCCGAGCCCGAGGACGGGUCAUUCAUACACAGUCUCUCCCUCGGAGCCCGAGGUUUCUCUUGGGGCAUUUGGUCCCGACACACCCGACGUGACCGAGCAUGCUGAAGACGACACAGCAGUGUCAAGUAGGCCAUCCCGGCAAGUCGACUACCUAUCCCAUGAUUGGAAAGAGGAGGAUAUCUGGUCAUCCUGGAGGUAUAUCUGCUCCAAAAGAGGCGAAUUCGCCAACAGCGCUAGAUUGGAAAACGCCUCUUGGAGGACUUGGACGAAGGCUAGGAACAAUCUCAAGACCAUCUCACCCGAGGAACUGAACUGGUGUGUAAACAGCCCCUCCAAGCCCCUUGCUCCCUUCUCUCCAGUCAUUCUCUGUGGUCCCAAGAAUGUGAAUCCAACGGGCACAGAACCGUCAAGUGUGACACUGUCAAAAAACGAUUCACUCGUCAACCUCAACAAAAAGCCUAUCCUGAAGAAGAGGAGCAUGUCUGAAGUCAUGUUACAAAGGUCUCUUGUGUCGGCAUCUUUGUUGAAACAGGCUACAGCGGCGGUUCAAGCUCAAGAAACCCGAGGUGUCUUGAAGUAUGGUGCAGACAAGUCCAACGCCGAGUACUAUGUAGCCUACCCUCUGUCCGUCCGAAGAGGAAGUCAAGGUACCGGCAGCUCCGUUGCAGCUUCAACAGACUCGUCAAAUAUUUCCUCCCCUUUCCCCGAGCGCAAGCAUAUCCACUUCAACGAACAGGUAGAGCAGUGUAUUGCUAUCGACGUCAAAGAUGAUGACGAGGAGGAUUAUGCUCGUGGUGGGAUUGGUGAGGACAGCGACUCCGACGAUGGUGGCGUCAUGAUGAAGCGAGUCAGAUCCAAGAAGCGUGACCCUACAUCCAAGAAGCGGAAUAAGAAGCAUGCCAAUGCCGACGGCAAGAUCAUCGCCAAAUUGCCGUCGACCACGCUGAAAUAUCGAGCCGACACGCCGGAACCGCGAGAGACAGCCAUGAAGCACAGCACAGGGGUCUACAGGAGCCCAACAUUAUCACCCUCGUCAUCUCAGGAAACUCUUCGACCCGCGAAGCAGUCAUCAAGAUUUUUCUUUGGCGAGGAAGACGACAAUGAUGAUGAUGACGGCUAUAGCGACGAGACCCUUGUGGCCACCUCGGGCUGGCGAUCUCCACCGGGGGGCGCAGCAGGUGUAAGCGUUCACCGGUCGUCUUCUUCGGGGAGUCUGUCGGACGAGCCAGCUGGCAUGCGCCGUACUGCGUCGGGCAUGUUCAUGCCCUGCGAUGAAGGCGAGGUUCCGAACGGCGACGGCCUCAUAGGCCGAGUUAUCGACACCGUCAACACGGCGCGGGACAUUGCGCAUGUGAUUUGGAAUGUUGGGUGGAGGAAAUGA